UGGAACAAGGAAAAGAUCCGUGUGUCAUAAAGAGAGAUGUACCAAACUGGACCUACCUGGGUGAAAAUCACAGAGUUCCUCUGUUUACUCACAGUCAUGAGCCAGCUGUACUCCAAAACUCCUAAUGUUGAAGAACACCUGCAUUUGCUCUCCAGCUUUAAAUAUUUUAAGAACUCAAGCACGGAAAACAAAGUCAUCUCUCAAGAAACCAUCAGUGCAAUCGAGUUACACUUGACAGAAGGAGACAUUCUAGGGGCAAAUUCUGUGAUCACCGCUGCGUUAAAAGAAAUUGAUAAUACGCCACUCAACAUUGCUGUGACAGGGGAAUCGGGAACAGGGAAGUCCAGUUUCAUCAACGCCCUGAGAGGGGUUGGGCAUGAAUCCAAAGAGGCAGCUCCUAUUGGGGUGUGUGAAACAACCAUGGAAAAGAAGUUAUACUGUCACCCAGCCUUUCCCAAUGUGAGGGUCUGGGACCUACCUGGCAUUGGAACCAUCAAUUUCCAGCCAAAGGAUUAUCUUAAGCAAGUACAGUUUGUUGAGUAUGACUUUUUUAUUAUUGUUUCUUCUACACGCUUCAAACAAAACGAUAUAGACCUGGCCAACGUGAUCACAAUUAUGAAAAAAAAUUUCUACUUUGUGAGAACCAAGGUGGACUCUGACUUAAGAAAUGAAAAGAAAUGUAAACCAUCCACAUUUAAUGAAGAAACAGUCUUGCAGACAAUCCAAAACAACUGUCUGGCUAACUUUAAGAAAAGCAACAUGAUUGAACCACAAAUAUUCUUAAUCUCUAACAACAAUGCAUCUAAAUUUGAUUUCCCAAUCCUAAUGGACACCUUAAUAAAUGAUGUCCCUGUUCAAAAGCGCCACAUUUUUAUGCUUUCCUUGCCUAAUAUUACUGAGGCAGUCACUGAAAGAAAGUGGAAAUCUCUCAAGCAGCAUAUCUGGCUGAAAGCCUUCAAGGCUGGACUAUUGGCUACCUUGCCUCUACAGGGCAUAAUUAGCAUCAAAGAUAAGGAGAAGCUGAAGACAAGUUUAAACUACUUCCGAGUCCUGUUUGGAGUGGAUGAUUUAUCACUGAAGUCUUUGGCUAAGGAUUUGCAAGUGCCUGUGGAACAACUCAAGGCAAUCAUCAAAUCUCCAAAUUUGUUGGAAAUUGAUAAUGAAGAAACAAUAGAGGAAAAACUUUGGAGAUAUGUGGAGACAUUCUGUUUGAUUAAUGGAGGCCUCCUUGCUACGGGAAUUUACUUUAAGAAAAGCUUCUGCUUGCAACUACAUUUCCUUGACACCGUGUCUGAAGAUGCUAAAGUUAUCUUUAGAAAGUCAUAUUCAAGACAAAAUUAAAACCUACCACACCCCACAGCUGCUGAUCAUAAUAAAACCUAAUGGUCAACACCAGAGUCAUAGAUAAAUUCCCUCUUCUCACAUAUUUUCUUUGGAGGGUCUUGGACCUUAAUUAUGCAAUAAUACUAUUAUAGGGAACUAACCCAGAUAGAAAGUAAUGUACAGUCAGACGGAGACUGGGCUCCCAAGAAAAUCAGUGAAGAAUGAAGACAUAAGAAUUGUGUCUGAAGGCGCAUCUGAAGAAGGCCAUGCCUCCAGAUAAAGAUGUAACGGCCAGAUCUGCAUGUCUCCCUAAGGAAUAGAUAAUAAUUUGAGAUUAUAUUGUAAUUAGUACUACCUGGUCCAAUCAGUCCAGACACACACAGAUGGGUCACACAGAUGGGUGAGCAGAGCAUCCAGACCCAUCCCUUCCCAAAAAUGCCUUUGUUCUUUCCAUAUACCCUUGCUACAUGACUUAUUUCUCUUUUGGAUCUAUAUUAGUGAGGCAGCUAUACUUGUAACCCUAUAGGUUGAUUGUAGUUUGACCUAUGUGGUACCCACAUUGUGACUCUGAUGUAUAAAUUACCCCUGAAAAAGAGCCUUGGUGGCCACCCCAUUUGUGAGCCCUCCUGGAGCUCCAGGAAUUAUUCUUCUCUCCUAUUUCCAAUA